AUGGAAGAAGAAUUAGAUUUAUCAUAUUCAGAGCGUGAAGAUAUAGAUGAUGAUGUGCUUGGCGUAGACUUCAAUAUUAUAUCAAUUAUAAGAAGACACUUAGAAAUAACCACUGCUUUAGCUGCGGUAACAAUUUUAUGCAUUGUUGCACACGCGUUGAGUAUCUUGGAAAUGUACUGGAGUGAUUCUAGUAGUGUAAGUAUUUCCCUACCAGAAAGAGAUCGUCGUAGGGAGAAAUUAAUGUCAUAUCUUGUGCACAAAAAUCGGUGCCGCGACAUUAUUAGGAUGGGUCCAGAGGCAUUUAUUAAACUUUGUGAAAAAGUAAGAUCAACUGAGUUAGUUAAGGACGCCAUUCGGUCGACAGUGGAGCAACAAGUGGCUCAAUUUCUUCAUAACGUUGGCCAUAAUGUUAAGAAUCGAAGUGUGGCUUUUUUCUUCCAUCGAUCGGGUUCGACGGUUAGCAGACACUUUCACAAUGUCUUGGAUGCAGUUAUAAGUUUGGAAUCUGAAUUUCUGAUUCAACCCUCAGGAAAUGAGGUUCAACCAUAUAUCUUGAACAACAAUCGAUUUUACCCGUACUUUAAGGAUUGUUUAGGGGCCAUAGACGGUACUCAUGUUCGUGUAAAGGUCCCAAGAUCUGAUGCUCCGAGAUUUCGAGGAAGAAAAGAUUGGCCAACUAAAAAUGUGUUCGCCGCAUGUGAUUUUGACAUGAAAUUCACAUAUGUUCUUGCUGGGUGGGAAGGCAAAUACUACCUCGGUGAUGCUGGAUUUAUGUUAAAAAGCACAGUUUUGACUCCAUAUAGAGGCGUCAGAUAUCACCUUAAGGAAUAUACACACAGAGGACCACAAAAUGCACGGGAGUUGUUUAAUCAUCGACAUUCAUCGUUGAGAAAUGUUAUCGAAAGAACUUUUGGUGUGUUGAAAAAAAGAUUCCCUAUCAUUGGAAGUGGCACUGAAACACACUAUGAUUUGGAGACGAUGACAGAGAUUAUCUUAGCAUGUUGUAUCUUACACAACUUCCUUCGUAGCGUGGAUCAUGAUGACCCAUUACUUGAUGAAGUUGAUAAUGAGUUGAAUGAAAGAAAAGAGCAUAAUGUUUCAUUGUCUCAAGUUAGGGAAGAGGAUCAUAGGAUGGGUAGUAGUAUUAGAGAUGCCAUAGCAGAUCAUAUGUGGCGAGAUUAUCAGAACUCUUAG